AUGAAGCUGUGCUCAUUGCUUUACGCCGCUUGUGUCGCCGCUCAACUCAGCUCUGUGGGCGGUGCCACCAUCGACCACGACAAGGUGCAGCCGUUCCCACAGCCUGGCCCAGUCACCGUGUCCGAGAAGGCCGCCGUUAAGUACAAGCCAAAUCUCCUCAUCCUCGACGCGUGCCACCCGUACCCUGCUGUCAACGCCGCGGGUGAGACGAGCGGAGGGCUCAAAGGAACUGGCAAGCGCGAUGGAGCCUGCAAGGGCUCAGGGCUGGGCUCGCAAGUCUACGGCCGAGCUGGUUGGCACGACGACAUGUGGGCCAUCAUGUACGCGUGGUAUUUCCCCAAGGAUGUUUAUUACCGGGGAACCUUCUCCGACAAGGGCUUUCGACACAACUGGGUCAACGCCGUCGUGUGGCUGGAUAAUCCUGCUUUGGAGACGCCCAGAUACUCGCCUUGUCGACUUCGCGGGUAUCAAGAGUGCUCUCCACCCUUCACGGGAUAUUUCAACGGCACCAGUGCCAUGCUCGUCUACGAAGCUAACGGGGAGGAGCCAAGUGCACUGAGCCAGAAUACGCUGGGGGGCGGUGAACUCCAGGACCUCAUCAUGUGGGAACAGUUGACGGUCGAGGCUCGUGACGCCCUGAGCACGACGGACUUUGGAGAGACCAAGGUCCCGUUCAUUGAUGCCAACUUUAACGCGAACCUCAAGGCGGCUCGUCCGUCCCUCUAG